AUGAAAGAUGUACCAAAACCUAAGAAAGAUGCGCCUAAAUAUAAUAAAGAUGCGUCUGAAUCUAAUAAAGAAGUUCCUGAUGAAAACAAUUUGCCAGAAAUUAAAGAGGAAAAAAUUAAAGAGGAAGAAAUUAAAGAGGAAGAAAUUAAAGAGGAAGAAAUUAAAGAGGAUGAAAUUAAAGAGGCAAUUUGGGAGGAUGGUAUACGAACGAUUAAAAAUGAAUCUAGAAGAAAUGAACGAUCACGCAUUAAGUCAUGCGUUGUUGAUCUCAUAAAGUUGAGCAAUUCUUCGGAUGAUAUAAAAAAACCACUUGAUAUGCUUAAUGAAAUGAUGCAAAAAGAGAAUAAAGUGAAACAUAAAAUAUAUGGAAUCACUUAUGGAAAAGUUCAAGAUACUGAAACCGAACAAUACAUGAUUGUUCUUGAUUAUUAUUACAGCAAAAGAGAUACCAGCUACGGAAUGUGUGAGCAAUGUAAACGGCCUAAUACCAAUAAAAAAUGGUGUCAAUCAUGUGAUCCUUCCAAGGAAUCAGACGAACAUUAUCCAUCAA